AUUUGAAGCUUUACAUUAGUAACAAAAAGAAAAUAAAUAAAUAAAACAAAUAAAUAAAGCUGAAAAAUAUCUCUGUUGAACGGAUAAGCUUCUUAUUUUCAUUUGUUUUAAAUUCAUUGAACAUCCAACCUUCCAGCGAUCUCGUUUUAAUGGUUUAGAUUUGGGAUUUCCCGCAUAUUUAAUGUAAAUAGAGUCAUAUUUUCAUUUCAUGACGGCUUCCCUGCCAAGUUUUGAAGUAAUGUCUCAGCAAAUUAAAUCUCGUUCAACUGUUAUAGAACAAGUAGAUGUAGUGAGUAGAUACGAUUGGCUAGAUAAACUUAAAAGCUUACAUAUGCAGCGUGCAGACAUGAACCGCUUAAUAAUGAACUAUUUGGUUACUGAAGGCUUUAAGGGUGCAGCUGAAAAAUUUCGUCUUGAAUCUGGCAUUCAACCUGCUGUAGAACUAGACACUUUAGAUGAACGUAUAAAAAUUCGAGAUGCUAUACAAAAUGGAAGAAUUCAAGAUGCUAUUCAAUUAGUCAAUAACUUACAUCCAGAACUUUUAGACUGUGACAGAUAUUUAUUCUUUCAUUUGCAACAGCAACAUCUUAUUGAACUCAUAAGAGAACGAAAUAUUGAAGAAGCUUUGAAAUAUGCUCAAGAGCAAUUAGCUGAACGUGGUGAAGAAAAUAAAGAAGUAUUAGCUGAAUUGGAAAGGACAUUGGCUUUGCUAGCAUUUGAUGAACCUGAAAGAUCUCCAUUUGGUGAUCUUUUACAUCCAUCCCACAGACAAAAAAUUGCAAGUGAAGUAAAUGCUGCAAUACUUGAAAUGGAAAAUAGUGAGUCGACUACUCCAAAACUUGCUAUUAUGUUGAAAUUAAUGUUAUGGAGUCAAGAAGAGUUAGAAAAGAAAAAAGUGAAAUACCCAAAAAUGACAGAUAUUGCAGAUGGAUCCAUGGGUAUUCAUUAAAAUUGUACUUAAAGUGUAUAAACACUUUGAGUUUUAAAAAU